CAAACAUAAUUUCCAUGCCAUACAGAAGGAUCAUGUUAAUGAGAAUACGCAGUAUGCGGUAUAUCCGUGGGUUGUGGUGGUAAUGACCAGGUCAGUGCACAGUGACCAGGUCGGCUCACUGCUGGCGCCCAACGUGGUACUCACAGCAGCUCACACAUUACUUAAUCAACGCGCGAAAGAUCUUCAAGUGCGUGCCGGCGACUGGCAUAACAACUCUGUGGAAGGCAUUGCCUAUGUAGACAGGGACGUUGCGCAAGUGAUUCUCCAUGAGCAGUUCGACGAGAAUAUUGCCGCCUUUGACAUAGCCCUUCUGAUACUCCAGCACCCAAUAGCUUACUCAGCUCACAUACAGCCCAUCUGCUUGCCACGCAAAUAUGAAUUCCUCGACUUAAAACGCUGCUUUACGGCUGAUUGGACUAUAGUAAAAACUAAAGGCGCCUUUCGUGAAGUUAUGAUGAAGGUCGAUCUGCCGUAUGUGAAGCGAGCUGAGUGUGAAGAGAAAAUAAAAACAGUUGAACACUCAGAUAGUUUCAAGUUACAUGAAACAAUAUUUUGUGCAGGCGAUGAGGCAAAUCAGGAUCCCUGCUCUAUCGAACCCGGCUCAGCACUAUUCUGUCCAUUGGCCGAUCUUCCCAAUCAGUACUUUCAACUGGGCAUUACUUCUUUGGUGCAGGAUUGUGACUAUAAGCCAGCUCCAGGCCGAUAUACCAAUGUUUACUAUUUGCAAGAAUGGAUACACUCAAUACUGCAUCUCAUGGGCUUAGAUCCCAAUCAAUAUAUGCCACCAAUUACUUUGGAAUAUUUUAAGCGCACGCAAGAUUAUCUAAACAAAGAGCCAGAGUCUCUUAUCUAAUUUUCUAUAGAGUCUUAGUUUAAUGCGUGUAUUAU